ACAACGUCGAAAACUUUCCCGCCCGCUCCAUCACACGAGCUUCUACCUCCUACGUUCCCGCAAAUUGAUACCCAGAAGUAAUACCAAACCACCACUAAAAAACUACAUUCAAGAUGAAAGUCUUCUCCAACGCAGUAACCUUCAACUACUCCUGGGAAGAGGUCUCAGCAGCAAAUUGGCGUAAAUACUGCCCGUGGAACGACAAGACGACGCACGUAAUCGCCGUCGACACAAUCGGCCGCAGUGUCGACCCAGCCACGGGAAUUCUCCGCACCGAGCGCCUCAUCACCUGCAACCAAUCCGCUCCCAAGUGGUUUGCCUCCCUCGUCGGCGGCGGCGGCGGCGACCCGGACGUCUCCCACGUCUUUGAGACCUCAUACGUCGACCCGGCCAACAAGACCGUCACCAUGGUCUCCCAGAACCUGACCUUCGCCAACCUCAUCUCCGUCCAGGAGUCCGUGGUCUACAAGCCUGUCAGCCCGACGCAGACGCAGUUCGUUCAGGAUGCGCAGAUCACCGCCCUCUGCGGCGGCUGGCAGCGCAUCAAGAACGGUAUCGAGGACCAGUGCGUGUCGCAGUUCCGCAACAAUGCGCAAAAGGGCAAGGAAGGGUUUGAGAUGGUUCUUGCUAUGAGCAGGCGGGUGUUUGCUGAAGAGCGCGAGCGCGAGAUGCGUGUUCGCCAGGGCGCCAUGGCAGCAUGAGCCAUUUGAUGAUGGGGAAGAAGUUACGAGAGUCGCUUCCACGAUGACUUUUUCCUUCCUCCCAUCCUGGUUUGCAACAUGACAUUGGCGUUAUGCAGCGUUCCUCGUCAUUUUUUACAUCUUUUCUCAACAAGCGGGCAGCAUCAUCAUCAUCAAAAGGAUUCGGAAAAAGGGUUUUUAGACGGCGUUCAGACAUCAGAUUUUUCUUUCCCGGGCCAGGGCCAGGCCCAAAGACGGGGUGAAGGACCUUUC